AGCGACGGUUCUGCCAUAUUGAGCUGCAGACAGGAGGCUGACUGCCGUGCACACAAAUACCUGGUUUAUUUGUCACGACGACUGUUGUUGAAAGCGUAACGGUGUAAUAGAAGAUUACAGACAUUAAACAUGGUGCUGUUGGCUGCAGCAGUGUGCACCAAGGCUGGGAAAGCUCUGGUGUCACGGCAGUUUGUCGAGAUGACCCGGACGCGUGUGGAGGGCCUGCUGGCCGCCUUCCCCAAGCUGAUGAACACGGGCAAGCAGCACACGUUUGUGGAGACGGAGAGCGUGCGCUAUGUGUACCAGCCACUAGAGAAGCUCUAUAUGGUGCUGGUCACCACCAAGAACAGCAACAUCCUGGAGGACCUGGAGACUCUUCGCCUUUUCUCACGCGUAAUUCCGGAGUACUGCCGCGUGCUGGAGGAAGGCGAGAUCUCGGAGCACUGCUUCGACCUCAUCUUCGCCUUUGACGAGAUUGUUGCCCUCGGUUACAGAGAGAACGUCAAUCUGGCACAGAUCCGGACGUUCACCGAGAUGGACUCGCAUGAGGAGAAGGUGUUCCGUGCUGUUCGAGAGACCCAGGAGCGGGAGGCAAAGGCUGAAAUGAGGCGAAAAGCAAAGGAACUGCAGCAGGCACGGCGGGACGCUGAGCGCGGGAAGAAAUCUCCAGGUUUCGGUGGCUUCGGCAGUAGCAGCAGCAGCACAGCCAUCAUCACGGACACACUGGUUGAACCGGAGAAACCCAAACCCGCUCCAGCACCCACCAGGCCUAGCGGUCCCAGCAGAGCCCUCAAACUAGGGGCCAGGGGCAAAGAAGUGGACGAUUUUGUGGAUAAACUGAAAUCAGAGGGUGAGAACAUUAUCCUGGCUGGCACUGGCAAAAAACCCUCCGAGGCCUCCAAAUCUCUGCCUGCUCCUGCUAACACGGAGAGUGUGCACCUGCGGAUAGAGGAAAAGAUCACGCUGACGUGUGGCCGUGAUGGAGGGCUGCAGAACAUGGAGAUCCUGGGCAUGAUCACCCUUCGUGUCUCAGACGAGAAGAGCGGGCGAAUCCGGUUGCUCAUCAACAACAAUGAUAAGAGAGGGGUACAGUUACAGACCCACCCCAAUGUGGAUAAGAAGCUGUUCACAGCAGACUCCUUAAUCGGCCUGAAGAACCCAGAAAAGUCGUUCCCCCUAAACAACGAUGUGGGAGUGCUGAAGUGGAGACUCCAGACCACAGACGAGUCCCUUAUACCACUAACAAUAAACUGCUGGCCAUCAGAAAGUGGAUCUAGCUGUGAUGUUAACAUUGAGUAUGAACUGCAAGAGGAAUCGCUGGAGCUUAACGACGUCGUCAUUUCAAUCCCCCUACCAUCGGGCGUGGGCGCACCCGUGAUUGGUGACCUGGAUGGAGAGUAUCGGCACGACAGCAGACGGAAUAUUCUGGAGUGGUGUCUGCCCGUAGUGGACGUAAAGAACAAGACCGGCAGUCUGGAGUUCAGCAUAGCCGGCCAGCCAAAUGACUUCUUUCCCGUCAACGUAUCGUUCGUCUCCAAAGGGAACUACUGUGACAUUCAGGUCACUAAAGUGUCUCAGGUGGACGGGAACAGUCCGGUACGGUUCUCCAUGGAAACGUCUUUCGUGGUCGACAAGUAUGAAAUACUCUAAGGAAGAAACUCCUCGACCGAAACUCCGAGACCAGCUUCAGAGUACACCAGACCAGUGGACUGACAGUAAUAAACACAGUACGAGCUAGAGAGAGAAAGAUAGAGCAUGAGAAGAGAGAUUUUUUUUUUUUUUCCUUUUUGCCUUCAGCAGUACUUCAACAGGACUUGAACCUUUUCCCCAUUUCCGAAGCGAAACAAAAAAAAACUGGCAGUGUUUUACUUUAUCUUUGUAUAGAAGUAAGUGGAUCUAUGAAGGGACUGGUUUGUGAACAUGAAUGACGCAGCCAAACCGAUUAGUUCCAAACCAUGUGACACUAACUGGAGAAUAAUUUAUAUAAAUCCACCACGUUGUGGUGUUUGGGUUUUUUUUUUUUUUCCCUUCUUCUCGUCUUUCCUUCCCCUUCUGGGUUGUAUAGUUUAGAGGUUUACUGAACAUUAAUCUAAUUUAGCAUUAAGGGUAAAUUAGCCAGUAUCCCCCCCCCCCUUUUUUUUUUGGUCCUGGCAUUCUGCUCCGUCUGAAAUCCCUGCACUGUUGUCUUUUCCUUUCCUCAACUGAACGACCCACCGUUGUCCUAUCUACUCCUUUCUUGCGUCGGCAGGACCAUGUACUAUGAAAUGGACCUCAUUUUACAUGUCUGUGUAUGUGAUCGAUAUCUCUCUCGCUCUCUCUCUUUCCUUCCCUUCUUUCUGCUGGACUUCUUUUUCUUUCUUUUUUUAAAAAAAAAAAACCCUCUAUCUGCUGUGAAGUGGCCUGCCGCACAAGUCUAAGCUUGUAUCUGGUUCAUCUACAUUAUCGCCUUUGCUUUUCCCUGCAAUCUGUAAGCCAGCGGCACGUUGGAUGGCACUGAGGUCAGCUUCGUAAUAAUUCAGUGAGCGUGUUUUUAGGCUUCAUUAUCGAUGAGGCAGUGACGUCCUGACCUUCGGCAACACGCGUGAAAACGGAAUCCGUGCUGGUGUCGCGCCGCAGUACAUCAGUUACAGGGUUUGGAAAUCAUCUGGGGUCAUGCUGACCUGUAACUUAGAAAGAAGAGGGCCUGUAGUUUUGUUGACGGUUUCGUUCUGCCGUCAUGUAACGUUAGAUUUGAAGUGUUCAUAUUAAGUCCUAGAAGGAUUGCAGAAAAACUGGCUUAUUCUUUCAACCUUUGUCGAGUCAGUCGCGAGUUUACAGCAUGCUUGCAAACGCAGGGUGACGUGCUGUGAGCAGAGGUGAGUGUACUGUGUGCGUUUUUCUCCUUUCGUCGUUUCUGACUGUAUUAAGAGCUUGUUAAACGAAUACUUUGGCCAGGAGUAUAAAAUUACACAAAUUCCCCGUUACUUCAAAGCUUGUCCUUUCCUCCUGAGCGAUGAGACUGGUGAUGUCACCUGAUCGCACACUUCCAUUAUUUGUUAGCAAAGAAGCAACCGGAUGCAUCUUCAGUAUUUCAUUUCAUUUCAUUUCAUUUGAGGUAAGCAGUCGUGUAAAUUUCACUCUUGGUUAAAGUGAUCCUUUAAUCACUAGGCCUUUCCAUCAGUUACGACACCCGAAGCUCUGCGUUCAUGCCUUGACUCUCACUAUUGCUCCAAGGGAAAAAGAAAGACGUUCAAGUUUUUGUCUGUUUUGUUAAUCAUAUUGCAGGUGGGAAGUGGAGAAAAAUAUCUAUUUCUUUUUUUGUAACUCUGUAAAAUAAUGAAUAGGGUAAUGAUGAGUAACAUUCCAGUGUAAACUUAUUAAAGAAAUUAUUAAAGUGUAUAAAAUGA